CUUUUUGGAGGCGCUCUCACCUUUCGUUGCCUUCUGCCCUCGAUAAAUCCCCCCACCGUCCUGUACCUUUCCACGUACUCGCUCUUCCAUCUGGAUAGAAGUGCCCAGAAGAAGCAAUGGAGGUGGUGUUGGAUUGGAAGUCGAUAGGGUCGCUUCUGGCGACGCUGGUGUUCUUACGUUCGGCGUUGCGGGAUUUCCUCCCUCCGGAGCUUUGCUUCUUUCUCCAAUUCCUCUUCCGCCGGCUGGUGGCGGCGGUACAUCCCACGGAGACCAUCAUCAUCGACGAGUACGACGGUUCGUCCCCCAACGAGCUCUACGAAGCGGCCCAGUCGUACCUGAGCUCCCGCUGUCUGGCCGCCGCCCCCGUGGUCCGCCUCUCGAAGGCCCGCCACGCCCCCCACCCGAUCGCCUCCCUCCCAUCCUCCCACACCGCCGUCGACUCCUUCCAGGGCGCUCCCCUCCGCUGGACAUCCCGCGCCGUGGAGCGCUCUUCCGCCACCUCCAACGCCUUCUUACUCUACGGCCAUCACCGCUCCUCCUCUGCCGAGCACCGCUCCCUCGAGCUCUCCUUCAACCGCCGCCACCGCCACACCGUGCACUCCAUCUACAUCCCCCACAUCCUCGACGAGGCCGCGCGCCUCCGCCUUAAAGCACGCGAGCGCCGCCUCUACACCAACCGCGCCGCCCCAGGUGACGACCUCCAUCGCCUCUGGUCCUCCGUCCCCUUCUCCCACCCUUCCACCUUCGACACCCUCGCCCUUGACCCGGCCCUCAAGGACGAUCUCCGCUCCGACCUCCUCCGCUUCGCCGCCCGCCGCGACCACUACGCCCGCGUCGGUCGCACCUGGAAGCGCGGCUAUCUCCUCCACGGACCCCCAGGCACCGGCAAGACCAGCCUAGUGGCAGCCAUUGCCAACCUCCUCGAGUUCGACGUCUACGACCUCGAGCUCACUGCCGUCCCCUCCAACUCCCACCUCCGCCGCCUCCUCGUCUCCACCACCCCCAAGUCCGUCGUCGUCGUCGAGGACAUCGACUGCUCCCUCGACCUCUCCGACCGCAAGAAGAAAAAGACCAAGCCCGGCAACCUGGCGGCGGCGGCGGCGGCGGCGGGGCAUCCUCACGGCGUCACCGCGUAUGGCGGAGGGACGGUGAGCCUUUCGGGAGUCCUGAACUUCGUGGACGGGCUGUGGUCAUCGUGCGUGGGGGAGCGGCUGAUGAUCUUCACGACGAACCACCCGGAGCGGCUUGACCCGGCCCUCCUCCGGCCUGGCCGGAUGGACCAGUCCAUCCACCUCUCCUACUGCGGACCGUCGGCGUUCCGGGUGCUGGCGAGGAACUAUCUUGAUGUGGCGGACGGGCACCAGCUGAUGCCGGAGGUAGAUGCGCUCCUCCAGGAGGUCAAGAUAACGCCGGCGGACGUCGCUGAGGUCUUCAUGGGCUGCGACGGCGACGGCGACGACGCCGCGAUGGGGAAGGUGGUGGAGGAGAUGCGGCGGAGGUUGGCCGCGAUGCCGUCGCCGCCACCGCUCGAUGGUGGCGGCUCCGGCGGGGAGGAGAAGAAGGCGAGGAGUAAGAAGGGCGAGUUAUUGGUGUGAGGCUUUCAUACACAGAGAAAUCGUGUAGAAUUCUUGGUAACGGAUAAGACUAUAAGGAUGACGGAAAGUGGGACCGGGAAAUUAGGACAUGGCUUGUAUUAUAUUAAUGGGAAAGAACUGGGAAUGGAGAGAGGUAGGGACAAGGUUGCCACGUGGGCAUGGGAGCGGUUUGGACUUGUGCAAAGCUGCUUUUUGAUCACAGUUGGCAUUUUUAUAUCAUUAAAAUAAGCUAUAAAAAGAGCUCAGGUUUGAUGGCCUCCA